AUGAAUGGUGUUUCAAACGUUGAUCAUGGAAUGAAUGACAUGGGUUUGUCUUACCUUUCUUCCGUUCGUGAUCCACAUGAGAGAAGUACGAGCGUGGAAUGUGUCGUGUUACGAAUUAAAAGAUUUCAUGUUGAUUCUCACUUUCUUCAUCUUGCUGAUAUCACGUAUGAAAAAACAUCCAAUGUGGCUACCACUGUCGAAACUCAUGACUCAAGCAAUAGUAGUAGCCAUGGUACAAUGCUCGGACAGAACUCGAGUUCUCACCUCUCCUUCUAUCCUAAAGAUGCCUUUGAGUUAACUGUGACGGACAGUACAAUGGCUUUAAUUGUUAUUCUUUCUCCCACAAUGAAUCCAAUGAUUGUACAGUCUCAGCUUAAAGAACAUACUCGAAUUCGAAUUACAAAAUUUAAAGUAUUAAUUGAUGAGAAAGUGAAAGGGAAGCAAAAACGAGCAACUUUGAUUCACUCAUUGCAAAUUGUUUCACAAAAUAAUUUGGAAUAUUCUCUUGAUGAUUUUUCUGAAAUUUUGGAUGAAGAAAAAGGAAAUAUUCGUCCAAUCAUGUCUGAAAGAGAAUAUUACAUGCCUUUACUUGAUGAUGAUAAUUUUGAAUUUGAAAUGUUUACAGGAACCGUUCCACAAAUUUCACUCGAAGAUCCAACUCCUGAUGAAACUUGUCAAUUGGCAGAAAUUAUUGCAAGUUCUAAAAGAAAUGCAUUUUUCGCUAGAAUUUACAAAAAAUCAAAAAUUCGAUAUUAUGGAAAGACCUAUGAAGAAAAGGCAUGUCCAAUGUUUUAUACUCUCUUAAUAACAGACAAAUCAACACCAAAGGGAGUACCUGUUACUAUAUGGAAUGAUCUCGCUUUACAUUCAUAUGCAGAACUCAAUAUUGGUGACGUUAUUAUUGUUGAUGAGUAUCGAGUGAAGCAAUUUUAUGACUCUGGAGUAUUCACCACCAAGUUUAAGCAUGAAAUUUCAAUCAAUUCAUCCAAAACACAACAACCCAUUCAAAAAAUAGAUCCUAAACAGUUAGAAGCUGUCAAGGAAUUUGCUCCCUUAUCAUUUCCAGUGACAACGAUUCAUGAAAUUGUGGAGCUUUCCCUCUCUGACGCAAUAGUUCAUGUUCUAGGGGCAGUUGUGAAUAUUGGACCAUACCUAAGAGAACGGUUGCAUUCUCAAUUUUCGCGGUAUAAAUAUCUGACAUUGGUAGAUCCUAGCUCAGAUCAAAUGAUGUCUGUAAAAGUAUACACAAAUUCAAGGAAAAAUUUAUUAGACUCGGUGCAUGUGGGACAAGUGAUUUUCAUUAGUGAUCUUUGUGUGAAACAAAUAUCUACCUCAAUAGAAGACGACUCAAAGUUCACCUAUUUGGAGAGCACGUUUGUGACUCAUUUCUUUACAGAAGAAUAA